AUGACAUCCGCCGCCGAGACAACCUUGUACGGAGAAGGUUUGGACAGAGACAGGAAGCAAAUCCGACUAUUGACGGUGCUACAAACCUUCGAUCCGAGCGAAGUGGUGCGCGGCCAGCUGGAGACGGUUUCACUGCUGGAGGAACCAGAAUACGUUGCACUUUCGUACGUUUGGGGCGAUUACGACGCCGAGUGUGUCGAUCGCGUCGUGAUCAAUGGCCAGGUCCGUGACGUCACACGCAACCUCGCUUCGGCGCUGUGGCACUUUCGGGGGAAUCACAUGAACCGUGGCAACGGCAAGCAGCUGCGCAUUUGGGUGGACGCGCUCUGUAUCAACCAGAGAGAUCUGGACGAGAGGCGCCACCAGGUCGGCAUGAUGGGAGACGUGUACAGUCAGGCCACUUUUGUUUACAGCUGGGUGGCAGGACCAAAGGAUAUUUCCACGCCGCAUGCGAUUGCGAUCAUUAAUGAAAUCAUGACGAAGAUGGAUGCGGAAGAAGGCGAGACAAUGUAUCAUCAAAACCAGGCUCUUGGUGUUGACUUGAGUCCCCAAAUGGUCGCAAAAUUCACUCGCGUAGUCAGCGAGACGCCAAAACUGUGUGAACAAUGGAAUAAUACUCCAAUACACCAGCUCAACCCAACGUGGUCAGCGAUAUUCGCUCUCAACAGACUUGAGUACUGGAGUCGCAUAUGGGUGUAUCAAGAAAUGAUUCUUUCUAGCGAUCGAAUCGAUUGCCAUGUGUUCAUCUGCGGAUAUUCGACAGUCACGGCGACAGCAUUAUAUGCAUUCUGCCGCUUGACGACGGCCAUGCUGCGUCACUCGGAGGUUACCGACUUGAAGCCAGCAGCAAUAGCACCCGAGGUCUGGGCCACCUUGAAGCAAAACGAUAUAUUACUCGCAAUACAAAUACAAAAAUUGCGGAAAAUUAUGAUCUCGCAUCGACACUCUGGAACUGGAGGUAUGAGUUCAUCUCAGAUAUUUCUGCUGCACAUGGACUGCAAAGCAUCGGAUCCUCGGGAUAUGAUGUAUGCCACACUAGGCAUUCUUCCACUGGACAUUAGAGUGGACUAUACAUUGUCAGUUCGGCAAGUAUAUCUGGAUUGGUACAGCGCUGUAUUCUCUAAGACGGAUCCUGCUUCUCGGAACGAGCCUUCAGAUAAAUUUCUGAGUUCGACGCUGGCCAAUGCCGGGGCACUAACGAGAGAGACCAAUCCUCAUAGGCUGCCGUAUUGGCUACCUGAUUUCAACAAUGCAUCCUCUGAAGAUCAGUUUUCCGUUGAUUUCCUACCAAAACGCACUUGCUAUUUCGAUGACGCGAGGCACCAAUGUUUCGAAAAUGGCGUCUUGAAGAUCCGAGGGGCUCUCUGUGACACUAUUACACAAUGCUUAACCCUGGACGAUAGUGCGCCUCUGGAAUACUUCAAAGGCCCAGCCAUGCACGAUCUUAAGUCCCAAUUCAGUCCUGCUCUUUGGCCUACUCACGCUUUUGAGCUUAUAUUUUUGUCGACCAUGAUCUGGGGCGGGUUGCAGUUUGCAGGACAGCUGAGUGCUUACAUGAGUACAGGGCUCCCCCUGGAAGAAUUAUUACUCCUUGUGAAAUCCAUGGCUGCACACUCGUCUGAUGAGGACAUUAUAGCGGCUCUUUCCUCCGAUUCGCGUUUAUUGGGUGCUGAUAGCAAUCAAUCAAAGUCGCUAGAAAUGAUAGGACCAAUCAUGUACCAGCUGAGAAUGGAAUUAAGGAUCAAAACAAAGGGCUGUUGCUUGUUCAAGACGGCGAUGGGGUAUGGCGGCAUCACCAGGGUUGGCGCGCGAAUCGGCGACACACUAUGUCUAAUGAACGGCUGUGGAUCUCCUAUCCUUUUGAGGAGAGAGAUAGACGACUGGGUUCAUCUUGCAAGUUGUUAUGUUGACAAUAUUUCCAACGAACCUUUAUUGGAAAUAAUCCAGCGUCACAACUUGGAGGUCAAGUGGUUUGAUAUCCAAUAA